AUGGCGGGUCUGCUGGGUCUGGCUCGAUCCGCCUGUGAUGGCGCUGGUGGGGGGAGGGGCGAAGAGACACGCAGACAGGGCGCGGAGGAGCUGCCAGCAAUGCACGAGCCACAAGGGAGUGCUGUGGAUGGCGGGUCAGCUGGGUCUAGACCCGCCAUGCACGAGCCACAAUGGGGUGCUGUGGAUGGGGGGUCAGCUGGGUCUAGACCCGCCCGUUAUGGAGCUAGUGGGGGGGGGGGGGGGAAGGGAUUUUGGCGAGGAGACAAGCAGGCAGACAGGGCGCUGAGGAGCUGCGAGCUCAUAGAAUUUCUGCUCACCCUUCCCCAUCUCCCCUCCUCCCCCCCGUCCCCCAGAGCACGAUGCACGAGCCACAAGGGAGUGCUGUGGAUGGCGGGGCAGCUGGGUCUACACCCGGCCGUUAUGGAGCUGGUCGGGAGGGGGGCGAGGCAGCAGGCAGACAGGGCGCUGAGAAGCUGCGAGGCUGUUGCUGCUGUGGUGAAGGGGAGAGGGGGGGCUGUUGGGUGGGGGAAGGGCGGGGGCGAGAGUGAGGAGGAGGGGAGUUGGGGGGGAGGGAGUGGAGGGGGAGCGAGUGGCAGGAGAGGAAGGUGUAAGUGUGUGCUGCAGCAGGAGCAGGAGGAGUCAGAGGGGGUGAUAGCGCAGAUCCGCUGCUGCAGUUUGUGGUGGUACCUGGAUUGCCAAAAGGCAUCUUGCCACCUGUCAAACACAGCCGGCCACACGUCAGCUCCAAGGAAUCAGCUGGCAGGGAUGAGCUUGGGCGAAGCAAAGGAAGGGCUCGAGUCAGCAGAGGAAGACAAAAAGACAGGGGCAAAUGAGGUUGACAGAGCUGUGGGUGAUGCGGCAGAUGCAGACAGGCAGAGAGGGGCAGAGGUCACAGAGAGAGGGGCAGAGGUCACAGAGAGAGGGGCAGAGGUCACAGAGAGUGUGGCAGAGGAGGCAGCCGGGAGGAGAGAGGGAGACGAGGGGGCGAUGCAGAGGAGAGUGGCAGAGGGGGGAGUGGCAGUGGGGGAAGGGGCGGAGGGGGUGAGCAUUGCCGGGCGGGGCAUGGCAGCAGCAGGGGCGUUCUGUCGCGUGCACCUGUGGGUGGAACAGGCUAGGGGGGCGCAGAGGGGAGGGUGUGAUACCAACCUCUCUGUUGCUCCCUGUGCGGGGGGGACAGGCCGCCCUGGUGACAGAGCAGGGCGCCCUGGUGACAGAGCAGGGAGUGAAGCUGGAGGGGAAGGGGAGGGCAUGGAGUCAUGUGCUGAUGGCAGCUUAGUGGAUGGGGUUGCUGGUGAAUGUGUCCGAGUGCUAUCAGAUGCCCUCCACGUGGCACGACUUGAUUGGCCCGAUGUUGCGAUGCUCCGUGUGUAUGUGUCGGCAGGAGGGCCAAUCCCCAUUCCUGCCCUGUCACUCGCCCUCAAGACUCAUCUUUCCAAGUCCUUGCACAACCGAGCGCAGUCCCUACCCUCCCAUGAAUCACCUGCUUCAAGCCACCAGCAUGGCCCUUCUGCUACUGCUACUGCUGCUGCUGCUGUGCCUUGCCCAAUAGUGGUGCCAGUGGCAGCAGUGGGGCCCACAGCUGCUGCUGAUGCUCUCCUGGCAGUGGAAAUGACAGCUUUUGGGGCAUGA